AUCCGCGUAAAAGGAAGCCCUUCAGAAGAGUCAACAGAUGGAAGAAAAGAAUUAGAGAUAGAGAAAGAAAGGAGAACGCAGAAGAGAUAGCCAGAAAUGCAGUAUUUGAAUCCCCGAUGUUUAAAAGGAGUGGAGAUACUUCAAGGAUAGUAGACAAGUUUAAAAGUGGGUAAGAAAUUAAUCAGAAAUUUAAAACUUACUGAAAAUGAAGAAGAGAAGGAAAUUGACCCAUCUUUAUGGCCUGAUUUUCUUCUACCAGAGAACAUGAUGGAUAAAAACCAAAGAAGACCUGAUGAAGAAGGAUAUGAUCCCUCAACUUUACACAUCCCUCCAAAGAGUUUCAAAUAAACUUACACAAUAUUAUAAGAUAUAUUGGGAUAUUAAGAAAGAUCACUUUGACAAAGUCGUAUGCUUUGGCUCUACCUUAUGGUAUUUUGUAUAUUACCAUGAUGUUGAAAUCAUCGAGAAGUUAAUCAAGAAACCUAUGAAAACCUACUUUGGGGCACAAGGUUUCCAUAUGAAAGAUAAAGAUUUCUACUUUGAUAUUCUAACCAAGAGUGGCUAUAAAGUGGUUGUAGUUGAUCAAAUUGAAAACUGAGAAAUGAUGAAGGACAGAAUCCAUCAAGAAGCAGAUAAGGGGAAAAAGCGUAGAUUUAGGACGGAAGUUUGCAAAAGAGAGAUUUCACAUAUCUAUUCCAGAGGAACUUAUUUUAACCCGAAUACCUCAGAAGAUAACAAUUCUACAUUUGACACUCAAUGCAUCUUAGUAUUUCAUUUUAACUCUGAUACAGAUGAGUUUGGCUUUACUUUCUUUGACAUCUCAGAGUUAAAAUUUUAUGUUGGAUCUUUUGUGGAUGAUACAGUUAUGAGCAAGUUCAGAACAUUAAUUAGCAGAAUCAGACCUGUAGAGAUUGUAUGAUCAGAUAGAUUCCGUUACUUUAACAAAAUGGUCAAUGGAUUCCCAGUGAAGCCCUCCUUUAAUUUUAUUAAAGAUAGAGACUUCCAUUUUGAUCCAGAAUGAAGAGAUAUUAUAGAGAUCUCUAUUGAACAUGAAGAGAGGGAACUUCCUAUAAUCAUUGAAGAAAUUUUAGCAAGUGAAAAUGAUAAUGAUCCAGUAAUAAUAUCAUUAGGGAAUGCAUUUAACUACCUUGAAUCUCUUAAAAUUGCAGAAGUUACAUUAAAAUUAUCUGAAUUCUCCAGAUAUGAUCAUGAUUCUCCUACUGAUCAUUAUUGAAAGCAUCUUAUCAUGGAUUCUCAAGCUCUUGAAAACCUCGAAGUGUUUGAAGUUGAGGCCAAAAAUGGAAAAACAACAGAAGGAUCUCUCUUUAGUUUUCUAAAUAAAUGCACAACGAAAUUUGGGUCUAGAAUGUUAAAAUAACUGGAUAAUGGCCCCUCUUAAUGAUGAAGAGAGGCUUGAAGAUCGUCAUAAUGCGGUUGAAUGGCUUUUCUAUCACCCUGGGAUAGUAACGGAAUGGCAAACUUUGUUUAAGAAAAUACCUGAUUUAGAAAAGGUUCUGACUAGAAUUUAUAAAUUUUCCCUUGAAAAUGACCCAAAGAGAGUCUACUAUUCAGUAGGAUGUUAUUCAAAAAUGAAUGAUUUUCAUAGAUUAUUACUAAACUUUGAAGAAAUUGUGGAAAAAUUAGCAAAAAUAUUUCCUCUGAGCAAAAAGAUUGAUUCGAAAAGACUCUCUCUUCUAUCCCGAUAUCAGGUCAAAAAGAUAAAAAUUGAGCCUAAAUCUGCAAAUCCUUUUCUCUGGGACGAAGAAGAGGAAACUAAGCAAGUAUGUGAGCCAGGGUCUCUCCCAGAUAUCAGAAAAUGGAUCGAAGGAUUCAAAGGAAUAAUAACAUGGAAAUAAGGUUGGCAAAAACUUGAUUCCAGAACCAAAGAAAGGCCUUAGCGAUGCCUUUGAUAAAGCAAAUAAGAAAAUGGAUAAAAUUAUUGCAAAUUUUGAUGAAUUACUUGAAAAGACAAAGAAGCAACUUAAGAUAGAAGAGAUUACGUACCAUACUGAAUCUAAAAUUCAUAAAUUUCAAUUUGAAAUACCGAAGAGCGCUGCUAAGAAGAUUCCUAAAGGGUUUAGUAUCUCUUCAAAAUAACACCCAAGUUAUAAGGUAUCAGAACAAAGAUCUUAUUAGUCUGAAUCUCCAGUUAGAAAAUGCAGAGGAUGCUUUGAAAGAAGCUUUCACUCCUUUCUUAAAGAAGUUGCUUGAGAAGUUUUACUCAAAGAGGAAGAUGUGGACUGAUUUCCUCGCUUGUAUCUCUGAGCUAGACUGACUAAUUUCCUUAGCUGAUAUUUCUAUGAAUACGAAAGAUAUGGUCAAGCCUAUUAUCCUAAAAGAUUCAAAACAAAAGAUUGAGAUAGAGCAACUUAGGCACCCCUGUGUGGAAAGUAAAGUUGCUCAUUUUGUACCAAACGAUGUCUGUAUAGGAGGAGAAACUCCUUUUGUGCAUUUAAUCACUGGUCCUAAUAUGGGAGGAAAAUCAACUCUGCUGAGACAGACGGCUUUAGCAGUAAUCCUUUGACAAAUUGGGUGAUUUGUUCCUGCUAAAAAGUGAGAAAUGACACUCGUUGAUAGAAUCUUUACAAGAAUAGGAGCUAACGACAGAAUAAUGGAAAACAAAUCGACCUUCUUUAUUGAAAUGGAAGAGACUAAAACUAUCAUUGAGCAAUGAACACCAAAAUCACUGGUAAUAAUGGAUGAGCUAGGAAGAGGAACAUCCACUUUUGAUGGGUAUAGCAUAGCACAUUCAGUUUUAUCAUACCAAAUCUCAAAGUGAGAAUGUGCAACUUUGUUCACAACUCACUAUCACAUGCUUGUCGAUGCUUUCAAAUCAAACCCUAAGGUUGUACCAAUGAAGAUGUCCUGAGUUGUUAAUCAAGACACAGGAGAUGUCGAGUUUGAAUACAAAUUUGUCAAAGGAUAUUCAGAGAAAAGUGAAGGUAUCUUCGUAGCAAAAAUGGCAAAAAUCCCUAACAAAAUCUUAGAAAAGGCUCAAUUAAAAUCAGAAAUGUUCAGGCAGAAACUGAAAGAUCUUGAAGUAGAAUUUCAGUUGAAUAUUUAAGAUUGAGGAUAAAUUCUAAUUUUUACCAAUAUAGUACCCC